AGCAACGGUAGUGGCAAGUGACAGACGUUGAGGAAGACGAGGCGAAAGUUUUUGUAGCUAGUUGUUUCUAUCGGGAUUUUUUUUUUAUGGUUGAUAACAACGGCAGCGUCGUGUUAUUGUACUCUGACAGUAAUUCAACGUUGUUGUCGUUUGAGUGAGAGUCACCCGCAUCUUUCGUGUGAGGCUAAAGUGAACUGGAGGGGGGUGGUCGGUCGUUCGGUCUCGUAGCAGCUGAGUAGAUAACACGCCAGAAGUUUGUUCGACUUGGAGUAAAUUCGCCCGAAGAGGAGAAACUAUGACCAACAGAGAAGACGAGUACGACUAUCUUUUCAAAGUGGUUUUGAUCGGAGAUUCAGGUGUAGGUAAGAGUAACCUGCUGUCACGCUUCACCCGGAAUGAGUUCAACCUGGAGAGCAAGAGCACCAUCGGGGUGGAGUUUGCCACACGCAGCAUCCAGGUAGAAGGCAAGACCGUCAAGGCUCAGAUCUGGGACACAGCUGGACAGGAGCGAUACCGAGCUAUCACUUCUGCGUACUACCGUGGCGCAGUUGGAGCUCUCUUGGUUUAUGACAUUGCCAAGCACCUGACAUAUGAAAAUGCUGAACGCUGGCUGAAGGAGCUGCAGGACCAUGCAGACAGCAACAUAGUCAUCAUGCUAGUGGGAAACAAAAGCGAUCUACGCCACCUAAGGGCAGUGCCCACAGAUGAGGCCAAGGCCUUUGCAGAGAAGCAUGGCUUGUCUUUCCUGGAGACAUCAGCAUUAGACUCAUCUAAUGUGGAGCUGGCUUUUCAAACUAUUCUCACAGCUAUCUACAACAUUGUGUCACAGAGGCAGAUGUCAGGGCGAAGCGACUCCGACUUCUCACCAGCCUCCAACGUAGUGCCCAUCACGGUUGAGCCCACCCAAAGCUCAGCCAAUAAGGGUGUCUGCUGCCAGUCCAACUGAGACCUUAUCUCUGACCUCCUCCUUCACCUCCAGGCAAAUGGAGAAACAACCAGAAAGACAAACAAACACAGACAGAUAGGCAGGGAAAAUGGAGAGGCAGGUAGAAAUAACCAUUUCACAGAGGAACUUUUUAACUGGGGUUGAUUUGUCUAAUUGAUUUGUCUGGUUAAGAAAACUUAAUACAGUAUGAAGAAGGGGACCAGUGAAGGAGGGAUAGGAAAGAAGUUUAGAUAAGCAGACGGGGGGGUUAUGUUGUGAGGGAGGUGCACCAUACCCAGCGUGUGCUUUGAAAGAGGUACAUGAUCAGAAUUGAUUCACAAUCUAAUGAAAAUUUUAACACAUUGUAGGGUCCCUUUUGUGUCUCAUCAUGAUUUCUGUCUUUGCAAACUGUCCUCCCUUUGAAAGCUUUAUUUUAUAAGCCAGUAAAUUCUUUCCUUCGGUUUCCCACUGCCAGGAUAUUGGGCAAUAAAAAUCCACAUCCAGUACACUGAACUGCAACCCUUCUGUCACCACUGUCAUUCCCAUUUUCCAAAAUGUAUAAUAUUUAGACAGUAAUGUCCCAGGUGAUAUUUAUUGAACACUAGAUUAAGGUCUUGUUUGGCCAGAGGGUUUGCAGUUUAACACUGGUUGGUUUAGAUUUUCCACUAUGAAUUCUUCACAGCAAAGGGAGCUCUCUUGCUUUUGGUGGUUUUGCUUUUGCCCACAAUCAUAUCUCUGUUGGAGACGCUUGUAAAGGCAACUAUCCCUCGCUAAUGGAGGAGCAAGGGCUUCAAGUCAUUUUUCCUAAACUUGCAGGCUGGAAUUUGGUCGAAGUUGGGUGGUUAAAGUUUUAUUCCACCAUGCCACUUAGAGCACUAACAUCUCUCCCUAACAGUGACGUGUAAUUUCUCUUUGAUUGCCUUUGAUCUUUGUUUGGAAGGCUUUCCUGCUCUGUGCACACUUUGUACUCUACAGAUGAGUCAUGCUCUUGCAAGCUUUGUACAGCGUUAACUCUAAAUGAGAUGGGAUAGCUGCAUCACUAGUGGAUAUGUUAACUGCCUCACAUGUCGGUGGGAUAGCAGUAUUGGCUCUGUUGAUGACUGUUUCACCCCUGCUCUGAACCUUUUGGGUGUAGUUGGAGAGAUUAGGGAGAUUGGUUUAAAUGCAUGGACAACUCUGUACUCCUGCUCCUGCUGCCUGCUAGCUGGAAUGGAUGGAUGGAUGGAUAGUGUUUCAGGGGAUGAGGUAGUGAGGGCAUUCAGCCCUGCCCUGCUCCUGUGAUCUCUGAUGUACCCGAGAUGGCUUGUUUUACUGUAAGUGAAAUCCUCCACUGCCUGCUCACCUACUCCUUUCUGUCUCUCUCUCUCUCUACACUGUAUGUAACUGGAACAGGACUCUGCCUUCUGGGAUCUCCCUGAGGUCUGCCCUCGCUCUCACUUCUCUUUAUUUCCUGUUGAGGGGGCGGGGGUCGGAUCCAGGAGCCAGGAUUGGGUCUGUUAGUAUCUAAUAGUUUAAUAGAUGAGGAAAAGGAGAAAGGAUAGGAUUGUUAGGAGGGGCUUGAUUAAAUCCAAAGGUUAUACACACAGAUGGCGUUUAUCCUGCUGAUGUGUUUCCACAUCAGCACUGACUUCUGUUGACUUAACAGGUCUUGAACUGGAUGGUGUAGGUUAGGGCUUUUUAAACAUUUAUUCUAAUGUAUGUAUAUUUGGACUGCAAAUGUAUAAAUAAAUUUCAUUUGUUAUA